CACCAGAUUUUCUAUAUGACAUUCUGUGUUAUUUUUACAGGAGAAUAUCCAGAGAUCCAGGAAAAUACAGGAUGGCGGGAGCGAAGACAGUUUCACCCAACAACACAAGGUACAGAGGACGUCAGGAAGAUGAUAUUCAGAACAUCGUUUAUAUAAGAAGCCGUAUUUUUUACACCGAAGGAGCCGCGCAGGCAGAAACCCAAACGCCAGGGCACCGUGGCUGCUAUAAGGAUCCCAAGGAAACGUUCGUAAUCCGAUUUUUGAACUGCCUAAGGGAAUCCACAACUAUAGCAUAGUGUAAGCAACACUGUAAUUUGCAAACUCUUGUGACGUGUUUUCAAGGGGUAUAAUAAAAAUACGUAACUC